CCACACUUGUACUUUUUAUAUUCUACAGCACAUAUAGCUUCCAAAAAACUAUAUCAGGAUGAUGAUGACUACAAGGAUGGUGUCAUUAGCUGUCGCAAUUGGGUCGAUCUCGCUGUGUUUCGCCGAUCAAUCCGACGGCCGUGACGUACAGAGGCCGGUCCAAAAGCAAAACGAAAUGUUGAAUCAUGCACCAGCGGUAAAACCACUACCGUUUGAAGGGUCAUCGAGCGGAGCGCAAUCGCUACCCUCGUCGACCACGAAGACUCCGUGUAUUUGUGGCGUGUUUUUGAGUAGCCAAAUCACCAAGGGUAGUAAAAAACAGCCUACCGGAUACGCCGCGUUGUUGCACGAACAGGACGAACCAGCUUCCUGUAAUGCUUUGGGCGUCAAGACUUGCACCAACAAAUGCUUGGAAAUGAUCGCAAAACAUUUACCAAACAGUCCGGCGAUAAUCUGCGGCUCGGUCGAUCGUGAUGUGUAUAAGGAACGCGCACAUCUGUUCGUGAAAAACUGUAACGACUCGUGGAUGAACACUCUUUUGUCCACCGGCAAAGAGUUCUGUUGCAAGGACGGUCAGCAUUACAAAUGUCCUGUAUUAUAAUAGAAACUUGCAACAUAUAUGUGUAAUGUGUUUACUAUAAAGUUACGAAAUAAUAAUAUGUGUUAUUAUUUAUUUUAAUGUAUUUUUAUAUGUUUUUAUUAAAGAAAUAUUUAUCUUAUUCUUGAGAUUUUGUUUUUGUUUUUAAUUCAGUAAUCUACACAUAAAAUGUAACUUUAAGGCCAUGCUCAUAUUUGUGUAUUUUUGUAUUAGUUAGAUACCUACUUAACUUAAAUUGUGUUAUUAUUAUUCCCUUUAGUAUACUAUAGUCUACAACUGAUACAGCCGAUAAUAUUUCGGGGGGAAAUGUUUUACAACUUAAAAUUAUUAGAAUUAUUAAUAAAUGUUACAUUUUUAAAAAACUUUCUUUCCCGAGGUACCGAUCACCCGCAAUGAUCAGUGUAAAAUUCCUUACAUUUUAUUAUUUAAUUUUUGUUCAUCAAAAAUAUAUUUUUUAAGCUAUGAGUUAAUAUUUACUAAAUAAUGCAUUUCAUUUAUUACAACUUACAUUAGUUAAAAAUUAUGGGUUAUGAUAAACUAGAUAUUUAUACUACUGACUUAUUAGUUUAUUGUUAUUAUUAAAACAGUUGCUUAUAAAUCGUAUGAUUUCAAAUUAAUAUUGUUUUUAAUUUUAAUUGAUUAAACAAAUCCACAAUUGUAAUAUACUGUAUAAUAAUAUAAUAUAAUUAAUACAAAUGUAAGUGGUUUGAUAUUCUUAUUAUCUUAUUACACGUUUAAGUUUUGAUGAAAAACAUUUAUGACAAUAUGUAAAUUCAGAAUGGUUAUCUAUACAAUCAACUAAAAUGAUUUUUUUGGUUUCCGUAUUUGAUCAGCUAUAGAUAUGUAAAAAUCCUUAGAAAAGUUUUCCGACUGUAAAUAAAAAUGUUUUAUUCACGUGUCUUCUGUAGAUGCCAUUUAGUAUUGUACUGAAACAUCUGUCCUGCAGUAGCUAGUUAAUCACAUUUUUAUUUUAAAAUAUUUUGUAUGUCUAGCCAAUAAAAACUACGAAAAUUAUAUUUUCCUGAAGAACAGUCCUUUUUUCUUAAUAAAUAUUUUAAAAUCACUGAUCACUAAGUUUAUUUAUAUAUUAUGUAUAGAAAGAUAAUAUUUAAAAAUGUACAGGCUAUUUCUGUAUGAGAUAGCACAAUUCCUAAAAUAUAAUAAUAAUGUAUUUGUAUUU